AUGGUAGACCUAAAAGAAAACCAGGCGAUGAAAAAGUUCGCCUUCUUCGGUAUCGCCGCCUCAACAGUCGCCACACUUACAGUUAUCCUAACUGUUCCGAUGCUUUGCCUUUACAUGCAAAACAUCCAAUCGGGUCUUCAAGACGAUCUCAACUUCUGCAAAUCACGAACUGAUUCGUUGCGUGGAGAGUACGCUAAUUUGCGCGCCUCUUCGCAACAACGUGGCAAGCGUGCUGCGGCUUCUGCGGAAAAAUGCUGCUCUUGCGGAACUGGCGCUGCUGGACCAGCUGGACCACCAGGAGAUGAUGGAGAGCCAGGUCCAGAUGGAACUCCGGGUAAACCAGGAAACAAUGGGGAAGACGCGAAACCUGAUCAACUCCCAACACCCGAAGAUUUCUGCUACAACUGCGCACCAAGCCCAGUCGGCCCACCAGGUCCACCAGGUCCAAAGGGAGCUGACGGAGAUUUGGGAGGACCAGGAGAGCCAGGACCAGCUGGACGUCCAGGAAACAAGGGAGCUCCGGGACCAGUUGGACCAGCGGGAGCCGAUGGGGAACCUGGAGAGACUGGGCCAUCUGGAGCACCUGGAGUUCAACGAAACGUUGCAAGCCCGGUUGGCGAGCCAGGAGAGCCUGGAGAGGUUGGAGAACCUGGGGAACCUGGAGCAGAUGGACGACCUGGACAACCGGGAAGACAAGGAGCACAAGGAAAACCUGGAGAGAAUGGAAAAGAUGGGGAAAAUGGAAAAGAUGCGGAAGAUGGAGAGCCUGGAAAGCCUGGAGAGCCUGGACCAACUGGUAAGUUAUGGUUUCUAGAUCUUCCUGGAGAUCGCAUAGCUUGUCAAGAGCUCCCAUUUGAUAAUGUAUUUUUUCCAGGAUCUUGCGAUCACUGUCCACCACCACGUACCGCACCAGGAUACUAA